AUGGCAACAGGGCGGCAACGACUACCGUACACUGACAACGACAACAGUGACAACAACAGCACUGAUUAUAGCCAUCUCGAAAAUAACAACGAGAACAAUGGCAACAUAGAUGACAAUGACAACAACAACGACGAUAACAGCAAUGUCAACAACAGCGACGGCAACGACAUCUACGAUAACUUAAGAGAGAAUAUUCAAAAUGACAACAACAACAAAAAACAACAAAACUGGCAACAAGAGCGCGAUGAUGACAAGGGAAAUCGUCGAAAUGAUGAGCAGAAUCUUCAAAAUACAAUUUACUUGAGAGAUACAAAUAUCGGAAUUAUUUUCACUCCAAAUAAAGGACGACGCAUGAAGACAUCCGACGUCAAAAUACUGAACGCGAAGUCAACACAUCCAACACUUAUAAACGUCUACAGUAAGAGGAAGACUCGUGAGAUCUAG